CUAACUGAUCAUUCGAUUCGUGAGCUUCCGAGAGAGUAGAACUAGAGUUAGUAUGAAAGUGUUUCUCACAUUCUUUCUGGUCCUCUUGGCUUUAAGCCAAGCUAGUGGAAGGUGUCCAGAAGACUGCCCAGACACAGAAGACGUUGUGUGGGCCCGUGAUCGUUUCUGCAAUGCCUACAGAAAUAAAUGUUAUUUCGACAAGGCCAAGUGUCAAAAUCCAGGAUUGAAAAUUACAUCAAAAAUCGAAUGCCAAAAAUAUUGCGGAACCAUUUGUGGAGACGUUUAUAAACCGUCAGGAGGAAUUUAUAAUGGAGUAAUUAGAAAUUUUGGAAACGAAUGUGAAAAGCUCGCCCAUACCUGUUUAACAGGAGAAAAAAAGCUUCCAGAUACCGAAGACGUUGACUGGGCUAUUAAUAGAUCAUUGAUCUCGGAAAACUGA